AUUCUCUCUCCGACACAGUGCCCGCUGCAGCCUCCGCGCCUCUGCCCUGCCCCUAGCAACGGGGGCGUCAGCCAAUCGCGGCCGGCGUUGCGGCGGCCAAUGCCAGGCCGCUCUCCAGCGCGAGCGACAAAGCGACGGCCUCCCUUCGGUUUCCCUGUGGAGGGGAUGUAGAAGAAAUGAGCGUUUGAGAGGUCAAUCAGAGAUUUAUUUUGACCAAGAGACAUCUUCAUUGGCUGGCAGCCGUCGGCGAAAGAAAAAUCGUGGCUUCGUCCCUGUGGGUUAGAGAUGUCAUCACAACCAUAAUGUGAGGAUCUUUAAUCUUAAAGAGGGAAUGUAUAAUGGCCUCCUUAAUUGAAGUGAAACAUGAAGUGGAGGAUCGGGACUUUGAACAAAAUAUGGAGAUCCCAGCAAGAAGGGAUGGCAUGGCUUUGAAUUAUAGAGAUCUGCUGAUCCCGGAUAGCCAGAAAAUUAAACUGUCACCUUUGCAGCAUCGAAGAAAACAAAGGGAGCAGUAUCGUAGUAAUGUGAACUCAUUACGGGAGCUGGCUGCCAUUCUACCAGUCCCUCCACAGAAACGGGAGAAAAGGCUUACAAAGAAGGAGAUUCUGAAUCAGGUUUUGCGAUACAUUGCAUUUCUUAACAGGCACAUCAGCAAUACCAAAAGCUUGUUGAAGGAUCAUUAUGUGGUCAUAGAUGAAAGAGAAUAUUGCUUAAAUGGAGAGGAGUCUACAAGCCCAGAGGAAGCUACACAGAGUAACACAGAGGAGAUAAGUCCUUUCUCCACACCUCCAAGCAUCAAGAAAAUGAGGUUGAGGAACAUAUGUCACAAGCCAAGGAAAAAGAAGUGGAUGGAAAAAACAGAACGGAGACAAGGGCUGAAAUCACGCCGCUGCCUCUACAAUGAACCGACACUUGCCGAUAAUUACAUGCGAGGAGAAGGCCAGCGGGAGGUUAGGAUGAUGUGGCAAGGAUCAUCUGUGGAUACCUCGUCUUCCAGCUCCUCUUCACAGGAUAACACUGCUAUACCCCAAGGCCGUACUGUGUUCCUUACCUUGUUGGAGCUUGCAGAAUCCAGAGGCCUUGAAGAAACCAGAGGCCUUGCAGGAUCCAGAGGCCUUGCAGGAUCCAGCCUCAGAAACACAGAGAAAUAUGAGACAAGCACUGACCCGCAGUGCUCCCCUGAAAACGAGGAGAGAAAGACAAAUUGCAGUCAUGAGUCCAGCGUCUAUGAUGCCUCAGUCAGCUCUUCAUAUAUCAGUAUGAAAGACCAGACGCUGGUUCACUACCUCUCCUCUCACGACGAGGAUGAUGAUGUCGACCGGAGUCCCUGGCUUCCACAGGAAACCCCUCAAGGGGGAGCUGCGAUUCAUUCUCCUGUCAGUGACUCUCUGGCUACAUCGGGGCCACAGGCAACCCUGGGUUUGAGCCCUUCUCUCUUCUCAUCUCCAGGGCGACAUAUUCAACUUCUGCAGGACAGAAAGGAAAACCUAACUCAAGCCUUGUUUGCAACAGUGUGUCUGAGCCCUGAACUCCCAGCCAACAGACCUGGAGACUUGAAGCUGCCGAAUGCAGGUCAAAACCAGCAAUAUCUGAACAGCUACUGGAAUCUCACUUUGAAGGACGAUCCAGAUCAAAUUGUGCCAGCAACUCCACCGAUGACCUGUGACUCAUUCCAGUCAACCUUCAUUUUUGACCACUGUUAUCUCCCACACAGCGAGACGAGUCGAACAGACUCCAGCCAAGCUGACAGUACAUCCUCAGGGGACAAUUCCUGCCAGAUUUGUCCAAGCUUAGAGAAGUGGGAGAGACAUCUUCUGCAGGAGGACAGUGAUGAAAGCGAACGUUGGCUGUCCUCAAGUGAUGACAGAGAGGACAAUGACACCACCUGGACACCGUACUGCAGAGGAAAGAUUUUACAGCAAACUGCAUUAAGCAAACAGAAGCGUGGCAAGAUACGUAGGAAGAGAUGCUGCGCACUCCAACUCAAGAAGAAAUGUGUCAAUGGUUUCAUCAUGUUCUGUCGUAUUAACAGGAGGCUGUACAUCAGCAUUAAGGCCCGUGAGUUCAGCAAAAUGAAUAACCGCAUCGUGAGGCUGGACAGCUCAUCAAGUGAAGAGAGAGAGGAGGUGCAGAUGCCUGAACCCCUCCAUCUCCUGUAAGACACCUUCUUAUUCUAAGACACACACAAACACACAGAAAAAUAGAUGCAAACACAUUGCUGUUCCAGAACAGGAGGGGGCCAUCUGACCUGAGCCAGAUGACAACAUCAUUAACCUUGAAGGUGUUGUUGGAGGUGGGAAGGUCUCAUAGACUUGCAAGUUCAGCAAACUCAAUAAUGUCUUGGAUCACCAAGACAAGUUUAAAAUCCAGGAAAUCAUUGCGGCUCUUUUAAGACGUGGAGAAUUGUGGAACAGAAAAUUUCGUCAAUAGUUAAUACUGAAUAGCAGCACUGAGAGAACAUAUGGACAUUGGAGCUCAG